AGAGAGAGAGUUUUAAAAAUGUUGAUUCCCUCUUGUUUCCACGAUGCUAUUGAAAGUAGGAUGAAAUACUAGGACCGAAUAGUGACCCUCAUUGAUUUUUUUGUUAUUAGAAGUUGUUACAUAUUAUUUGGAUGUGUUAAAUCCCAAGCCAGGGAGUAAAAGAAUAUCCACUGUUUGAACCAUUAAUCAUUUACUUCUAAAACUCUCGGCAGUUCUUUUUUAAAAGAAGUUUUAAAAAAAAUUAACACUUUAUUUCUGAGCAAAAAUCAACCACCGUACCCCAUCUUCGAGGAUCUUGAUUUAAACAAACCUAAAUUGACAAUACCUAAGGUUACUUAAAAAUCAUACGAGUUUCAGCUCUUCUGGCAAAAAGGUCUUUGUGAGGAUAUUUAAGAAAUGUCAAUAGGUUUUCAAUAAUUUUUACUUACCCCCGUCUUUGAAAGAGAGAUUGACUCUUCAGUUAAACAAACUUGAAUUUUCCUUACUAUGGGCGAUUUGUACCAAAUUUUGUUAAAUUUGUCUAGUGUUUCUGAAGAGAAAUUCAAAAUAAUGUAAAACGUUUAUGGUUGGACGUACUGACAUAAAGACAGACAGACAGAGGGACAAAAACUGAUCAGAAAAACUCAGGUAGUCGGACCAGAUGCAACAAAUAUUGCAACCGGCCAUGUUGGAUUUUUAAGCUUUGUAAUUUACCUAUGGGAUAGGAAAUAAGGUUUUCUGACCAUGGACCCCUGGAACAGCGCCCAGGAUUUUGUACGCUGCACCCUGUGUCAAACGUCUGUGCCCCUCAAGUACUGUGAAGUUUGUCAUACACAUCUAUGCGAAGACUGUGAAAAGAAACACUUAUCUGCGUUCUCUGAAAUUCAUAAAGUGGUGUCGCUUCAACAAUAUUUUACCACUCUGACCUAUCCAAAUUGUGAGGAACACCCAACCGAACAAUGCAAAAUCCAUUGUGACCAAUGUGACAUUCCUAUUUGUACACAGUGUAUUUCAUCUAAAAAACAUUUAAAACACACACAAACUGAGAUUUUGAAAAAAAGCGUUUUACACAGAGAGUUACACGAAUUAGAAAAAAUCGUAUAUCCUACAUACCAAGAGAUUGCAUCUAACAUCCAAAUGCAGAAAGCGGAUCUGAAUAAAAACUCCCAGAAACUGACAACAGAUAUCAACAAUCAAGGAAAACUUUGGCAUAACAAAAUAGACACUGUUAUCAAAAACCUUAAAUCUAACGUGGCAGACAUGGAAUCUAAACACCUUGUUGUUCUAAAGAAACAGGAAGAUGAAAUCACGAGAAUCAUUUCUGAAAUCUCACACAGCAUUGUUGAACUGAAAAAGUUACUGAACUCCAAAAAUGUCUGCCUUGUCUCUGAGUACAAAUCCAGAAACCCUGAAUUCAAACAAUUGCCUCUUAAACUUAAAGUAUCUUUACUAAAUUUUAAGCCUCGGGAAGUCCACAUAGAUCAAUUGACUGAACAGUUUGGUUUUCUGUCAUCCUUAUCUUUUACAACAGAUGAUCAACACUACAUCAUGUCGUUUCAGGGAGCCAAGUCCUCUCCGCUAGACCGGUCAUUGAUGGAUGUACCUCGGAUCAUCUCGUCCAUAGACACAAUGUAUGAACAUAUAUCCGGUGUGUCAUGUCUAAAUGAUACAGAGAUCUGGACGCGUGGUUUAAACAAUAUAAUGAACCUCUACAAUCUUCAGGGGGAUCUACUGAAGUCCAUACAAACCAACACAGGGAACAAUCCAUGGGACAUAGCAGUGACAAGGAGCGGGGAUUUGCUCUACACUGACUACCAUGAUAGAACUGUAAACAUUGUGAAAAAUACAGAGGUACAGACAGUGAUCAGCCUAGAAGGGUGGAAACCUCUCAAUAUUUGUAGUACUUUGUCUGGUGACCUUCUGGUUGUCAUGGACAGUGAUGACAAAGAUGAUGAUGACAGUGGUGGCGAUGAAGAUGUUAAACAAACAAAAGUAGUGCGCUACUCUGGCUCCAAAAAGAAACAAAGCAUUCAGUACAAUGACACGGGAGAACCUCUCUUUUCAUCUGGUGAUACAAAAUACAUCAGUGAGAACAGGAACCUAGAUAUCUGUGUGUCAGACCAUGACGCCAGUGCAGUAGUGGUGGUCAAUCAAGCCGGGAAACUCCGGUUCACCUACACCGGCCAUCAAUCUCCUACCAAGAGACAAUUUAGCCCACGCGGUAUUACCACAGACAGCCAAAGUCGUGUGUUGGUAUUAGACUGUAACAACCACUGUAUCCACAUCCUGGAUCAGGAUGGACAGUUCCUCCGCUACAUAGAAAACUGCCAAUUACAGCUUCGAAUUCCAAUGGGUUUAUGCGUGGACACCAAAGACAACCUCUUUUUGGCCGAGUGGGACACGGGUAAAUUGAAGAAAAUCCAAUAUAGCAUGUAAAGAAAAACUGUGCUUAAAAUGUAAACAUAUUGUGUAUAUACCUGUAUUAUAUGAAUGUGAUAUGUGUUGGGCUAUGCAACGAGAAAAAGGAUAUAUAUAUAUAAUUAAAAAAUCACAGUGCCCGGUAAUAUAUAUUAAAAAAAAAAAUAACAACACUAAUCGCAAAACGUAAGCGCUUUCAUUUCUUCCACAGACGUUUCACAAUACAUUUUUAGCUCACCUGAGCUGAAAGCUCAAGUGAGCUAUUCUGAUCACAUUUUGUCUGUCGUCCGUCUGUCCGUCCGUCCGUAAACUUUUCACAUUUUCAACAUCUUCUCAAGAACUACUAGGCCAAUUUCAACCAAACUUGGCACAAAUCAUCCUUAGGCAAAGAGGAUUCAAAGUUGUGAAAAUUAAGGGCCACACCCGUUUUCAAGGGGAGAUAAUUAGAAAUUAAUGAAAAAUUUCGAGAAAUUUUCAAAAAUCUUGAAAAAUCAAGAACCAGAUUGCCAGGAAAGCUAAAACAUGUGUGGAAGUGUAGACUCAGAGUUGUGAAAUUCAUGACCCCUGGGGGUAGGGUGGGGCCACAAUGGG